AUUCCGUCACCUGAAUUGUGAAUUCUGUAAAAUUUACACAAUUUCAUCUGAUUCCUGACGAACUGAAUGCAAAACAGGACGAUAGUCGAUUUUUCUUAAUACUCUUUAGAAAUUGAAGGUGUCUUAAAUGGAAAGAGAGGGAGAUAUUUUGUAACAAAUCUUAGAAAAAGAUAAUUCUGCAAAAAAAAAAAAAAAAAAGAAUCAGAAAGGAAUUGGUAGAGAAGAGUUUCGUCAUCUCUCGCUCAAAAAUUGUCUGUGUAAUCCACACCUGUCAAAGGAGACGCGCUGGCACGUACUAUAUAUACAUCCACAGUAGUCUCUCUCACUCUUCAGGUGCCAACGGCGGGAAAUCAAUUUUUCGUUCCGCCAUUGAAAAACCCUAAUAAAAAAUACCUCAUUCCCCACAGGGGGGUGAAGAAGAAAAAACUGGGAAAAGAUUCCACCUGUUCUCUCUUUCGCUUCCCGGUUUUCUAGCCAUGGCUGCUGAUGCAUUACCUGAAAACGGCGGCGCCAAGCUGAGCGAUGACGACGAAUUUCAGGGGGGGCGCGCCCCUCAAGUACAUCCCGCUCUGCGACGUGUACUCUGCUACCUCUCCCUGCGUCACGGCCUCCGGAUCGAAGAAGGUCAAGGCUGCUGCCCGCAAACCACCCCAAACGAACGGCCAUGAUCAAUUCAGGAAGCGCCCGAUCACGUCGGAGACUCACUUCGCUAUAGUUUACUCGAGGCGGCGGAAGAGGGCGGAGAGCUCCAAUUUUCUGAAGGGGCUGCUUUUGGAGGGUUUAGAUGUGGAAUUGGACGUUGAUGGAAGGGGGACGGGGGUGGCAUUAAGCGGAGGAGAAUGGGGCGUGAGGCCAAGGCGGAGGCCGUGGAACUGGGAAUUGAUUGUAGGUUGUCGGGAGAAUCAGAUGAUUCCAACGUCGUUGAGUGAUGAUCUUGACAAAACUAAUUGUAAAAUGCUAGGGAAAGUAGGAAUGUGUGUAAGACUGUUAAUAAUACCAAGACGAAAAAACGAAAAAAGAUUCUUUGGAGAGUGA